AGGACACGGAGAGGGCGGUGGACUCCUGCGCUUGUGGUUGCUGCGAGCCGCCGGAGACACGUGCCAUUUAUCGAUACGAAAAAAAGUCGAGAGAUCCAACAGCCAAAAAAGUCCAACUUUACCUCCUCACACACAACAACAAUGGUAAAGUCAUAUUUAAAAUUCGAGCAUUCCGGGACCUUCAGCCUCAUUGCCUCUGCCUCCUCGAAUGCGAUCUGGACCAGGGACCAGGAUGUCUCGGGUUCUGCGCGCCAUACGGGUGCAGGACGGGCCAUUGUGGGCGCUGGUGAGGAGGUUCUAUGUUGGGAUGUAAAGAAGGGAGAGUUGCUCGGCAGAUGGCACGAUUCCUCGUGUACAGCGCAGGCCAGUGCUAUUACGCAGAGCCAAACAGAUGAGGAUAUUUUCGCAGUCGGUUAUGAGGACGGUAGCAUCCGAAUCUGGGAUUCCAGAACGGCUACUGUGAUUAUCUCAUUCAACGGACACAAGUCUGCCAUCACUCAACUCGCUUUCGACAGCGCCGGCGUGCAUCUCGCAAGCGGCUCGAAAGACACAGAUAUCAUUCUCUGGGACCUGAUCGGCGAAGUCGGACUCUUCAAACUUCGCGGGCAUACUGACCAGAUUACAUCGCUUAACUUUCUUGUUCCCUCCAUGGAGCUACUUAACGCUGCCGGGAUCAACGACCACGCAGGCUUCCUGCUGACUACCGGUAAAGACUCUCUAAUCAAAGUCUGGGAUCUUGCUUCGCAACAUUGUAUCGAGACACAUGUGGCGCAAACAAAUGGCGAGUGUUGGAGUUUGGGUCUCUCACCGGAUCAUAGUGGAUGUAUCACUGCGGGAAACGACGGAGAACUCAAGGUCUGGUCAAUAAACGAGACAGCCAUGCUGGAAAUCUCAAGAGAAAAGGUUGGCGCUGAGGGCCAGAAGAUUCUGACAGACCGCGGAACGUUUUAUCGCAACGGCAAGGAUCGCACCAUCGGUAUUCGAUUUCACCCUCGUGCCGACUACAUCGGUUUUCAUGGCCCGGAGAAGGCGGUUGAGAUCUGGCGCAUCCGUUCCCCAACAGAGGUACAGAAGAGCUUGGCGAGGAAGCGCAAGAGGCGAAAGGAGAAGGAGGCCCAACGUGGUGUUGACACGGACGGCGCUCGGGAUCAGGCUGAGGACAUUUCUUCUGCCCCUGUCACAGAGGUCUUCGUUCCUCAUGUCGUAGUCCGAACGGGUGGAAAGAUUCGUUCCUUCGACUGGAUUCCAACAAAGGCGAACAGUAGCCUGCAGCUUCUUGCCGCGACAACGAACAACCAGCUUGAGACAUAUAGUAUUUUUACGGCAAAUAAGAAGGCCAAGGGCAGUGAAGAUACAGAAUACAGCCGUAUUCUAGGGGUUGAAAUUCCGGGCCACCGUACGGAUAUCCGGUCCAUCGCCUUGAGCUCCGACGACCGCAUGCUUGCAUCCGCUUCCAACGGCAGUCUUAAAAUUUGGAAUGUACGGACGCAGAGCUGCCUUCGCACGCUCGAAUGUGGCUACUCUCUAUGCUCUGCAUUUUUGCCUGGCGAUAAGAUUGUGGUUGUCGGCAACAGAAAUGGCGAGUUGGAAGUCUUCGACAUUGCCUCGUCAACCCUUUUGGAUACGAUAAAGGCACACGAUGGUCCCGUGUGGUCUCUGCACGUCCACCCAGAUGGCAAGUCCAUGGUCAGUGGCAGUGCCGACAAAUCAGCUAAAUUCUGGAAUUUCCAGGUCGUUCAGGAAGAAAUCCCAGGGACCAAGCGAACAACACCGCGACUGAAACUUGUACAUAUGAGGACCCUGAAGGUCUCCGAUGAUAUACUCAGUCUCCGGUUUUCCCCAGACGCCCGACUUCUGGCUGUCUCACUUCUGGAUAAUACGGUUAAGGUAUUUUUCACGGAUACUCUCAAACUCUUCCUCAAUCUCUACGGUCAUAAGCUUCCGGUCCUGAACAUGGAUAUAUCAUAUGACAGCAAGUUGAUUGUCACCUGCUCCGCCGACAAGAUGGUUCGUCUAUGGGGUUUGGAUUUCGGUGAUUGCCAUAAAGCUUUCUUAGCUCACGAAGACAGUGUUAUGGCGGUGGCGUUCGUUCCCAACAACAAGGAAGGGAACGGCCACAACUUCUUCAGCGCGAGCAAGGACCAUGUUAUUAAAUACUGGGACGGCGACAAGUUUGAACAAAUUCAAAGGCUACGUGGCCACCAUGGCGAGAUCUGGGCACUAGCGAUCAGCCAUUCGGGAGAAUUCAUCGUUAGUGCGAGCCACGACAAAAGCAUCCGUGUGUGGGAGCAAACGGACGAGCAAAUCUUCCUAGAAGAAGAGCGCGAGAAGGAACUUGAAGAAUUGUACGAUAACGAGCUCACCGCAUCUCUGGAAGAAGAAGAAGACGGGGAAGGGGAGAAAGCCGAAGCAGUCGACGCGGGCAAGCAGACGGCAGCCACGCUGAUGGGAGGAGAGAAGAUCAUAGAAGCUCUCGACCUUGGAAUGGAAGAUUUAGAGGUUAUUCGGGAGUGGAAAGAACUCAAAGCCAAGCAGCCCAACGCCGCACCGCCAGCGCGCAAUCCUCUCUACAUGGCCCUGGGCAACAUUUCCGCCGAGAAACACGUUCUGAAUGUGGUCCACAAGAUCCCUCCGGCAGCUCUACAGGAUGCACUACUCGUCCUCCCCUUCUCUAAAGUACCAGCGCUCUUCACCUUCCUCGAGAUCUGGGCCAGCCGGGAAUGGAAUAUCCCGCUUACAUGCCGCGUGUUGUUCUUCAUGCUCAAGACACACCACCGACAGAUCGUGUCCAGCAAGACAAUGCGGCCGAUGUUAGACCGGAUCCGGAAAACCCUGCGUCGGGUCCUGACCCAUCAGAAGGACGAGAUGGGAUUCAACCUGGCAGCUUUGCAGUUCAUUGCCAACCAGAUCCGGGAACAGAGCACCAAGGACUAUGUGGACGAAGAGACAUGGGAGGAGCAGCAGCAGCAGAAGCAAGGAACGGGGAAGAAGCGGCGUUUUGUCCAUGUUGCCUGAUUGGGUUGUUGUGGGAAUAUGUGCAUAUACGGCGUUGUUUCUUUGGACUAUAAAAGCUAUAUAUCCGGAGCUGGAAAGCAUUGGUUAGAUAUGUGUAAUUUCAUUUUUUAUGUUCUAUAUGAAAUCCUGGAACAGAGCCUGUCUCCUCAGAACACCUGAAUAAACACCAUAUCGAGAUCCAACACUCAACCCGAGGGUACGUAGAACGAAUCGCACCUAAAGCAAACAAAAUCAGCACCGCAAUCUGAAUAAAACAGAUCACAAUAGACCCAGAAUGAGCAAUAGCAAUAAAGCCAUCCAGAUCCAGCAGAAAAAGCAAUGCAACAAAUAAACCAAACGAAUCUCCUCAGCAGAACCAUUAUAAGCACCGACGACAAGACGCCAUACGACGUCCUGCCAUGCCUUUUCCGGCUCUUCCUAAAAAUAACCGGUUCUUGAAAAAUGCUCUCAUCAUUUGGAGGUGUUUCCUUCGCGCAUCGUCUUUGCUGUGGGUGGAUGGGUGGAGAAAUUGCACAAAAAAACAAGAAUGAUAAUAUGAACGUACCGUAGCUACUGUUAGUAUUAAGUAGAGUUAGAGCAUCAAGAUAGCCCAGCUGUAAGUCAUUUCUGAUGCUGGUGUUGGGUGAGAUAGUUUUUUUUUCAUUAAUAUUUCGACUCUUUCUUGAAAGAAGAAAAAGUCGCAGUUGUGGGUUAUGUAAACGAUCACGUGUUCUAUUUCCAAAAUAAGCCUAGCGCUGUCCACAUACAUAUAUCUCAUAAUGAUACAUUUGUCAACAUAAACAAGAACAUAGUUAAUCCAUUCAGUCAUCAGUUCCCCGUGCAAACACUUCGGCGAUACCAGUUAUAUUCUUUCCCUCAGCCAGGAGGAGGCCCAGCAGGAUUCUGGACUUCUGCGGGUUCAGGUAUCCACUCGCGAUGUGCGUGGAAGUGUUACUCGAGACGUCCGAGAGAGGGACCUCGCCGUUUCCGAGUUGAAGGGGGUGCUAACGCCUCCGGCGCCGGCUCCUGCGAUCUGUUUAAUUU